CGUUCCUUACACCAUCACAUUACAUCACUAAAAGCGCGCGUUAUUACCGGCCAGUCCGCAACGCGAAUCUGUCGUGAGCACACGUGUGUCGAAAUCUUAUACAUUAACCACGAAACCAUGUCCACAGCCGACGGAGGACCUGUUAUUUGCAACAGUUGCAAUAGCGCUAUUCAAGGCAGAAUAGUAACAGCGCUGAACAAGAAAUGGCACCCCGAACACUUCACUUGUAACACAUGCCGCAAGCCGAUCGACGGCGCCAAGUUCCACCAGCACGACGGCGGCGUGCACUGCGUGCCGUGUUAUACGCAGCACCACAGCCCGAGGUGCCACGGCUGUGGGGAUCCCAUUACCGAUCGCGUGAUCCAAGCUCUGGGCGUGUCGUGGCACGCGCAUCACUUCGUCUGCGGAGGAUGCAGGAAGGAGCUGGGAGGGGGCGGAUUUAUGGAACAGGCCGGUCGCCCGUACUGCUCGUCGUGUUACGCGGACAAGUUCGCGGCUCGCUGCGCGGGCUGCGGAACGCCGAUCGUGGACAAAGCCAUCAUCGCGCUGGACGCCAAGUGGCAUCGCGACUGCUUCACUUGCAAUAAAUGCCGGAACCCCGUCACCGAUUCCACAUUCUCGGUGCUGGACAACAAACCGCUCUGCGGCAAAUGCGCAUAAAAUGCUCGAAAAUACAUCUUACUAUUUAUUUAAACCACCCAACGACAAAGUCCAAAGUGCACGCACAACACACAUAAAAUCAUCAAUAUUUAAAAUCGUACACCCUUAUUUAUUAAAAUAAAUAUUGUUAUAUUUUGAUAAGAAAAUUUCGAUAAAUAUAUCACAACAAAAUUUCUAAUAUAUAAAAUAUAUUUUUUUAUACAAAAUAUUCGCAUUCCAAUUCAAUUUGUCAAUUUCGAAACUUGUGCAUAAAAAUUUCAUUUAGUCAGGACUGGACACUAGAGACAGUCGGGUCUAGUGCCCAUGUCACAAAAUUAGGAUGAAAAAAAAAAUCUAUACCUUUGCGCUAUCAAAAACUAUUUACUAAUCUUCCAAAAAAAAAUAUCUACUAUGAUUGAAUUCAUUUAUUCAAUAAUUGUGUAUCCACUUUCAAUAUUUCAGAAAAUUUAGAUAAUAGGGCUGAGUUUUUUCCUGUAUCCAGUGGCAGCGACUGGAUAGAACUCGUCACAGUCCUUAGUGAUUUGACAAUUAAAAAUGAGAUUAAUGUUACAAUUUGCGUAUAUACUGUUCUUAUAAUCAAAAUAACUGAUGGCAGUUAUCCUUAUUCAAUGUAGCUUUGGUUAUUGUAUGAAUUGAAUUGACAAUGUAUAAACAUAAGUUCAGACGAAAUAUUCGCUUCUUUAUCUCGGUAGGCGAUAAGUUUUAAAUUAUAUUCAAUAUGUUAAACAUGUAUUAAUAUAAACGGAGCUUAGCUUGAAACACAAAGACAUUGUAAAUAAUUUUAGUAAAUAAUUAUCGCUAGGCCGCGCUUUUUGGGCUUAAAAACUUGUUAUUCUUAAAUUAAAUCUGUUUACAAUUUUUAUACGCUUUCGCGAAACUUUAUUUCAAUAAAACAUUUGUUUUUUUUUAUUA